GCUGAACCGGCACUUGCAGGUUGCAAGGCCAAGGAAAGGACUCCAGGCGCCGGCGGAGUGCUUCCGCCCCCAGCGGAGGAGCUGCGCCUACAACUCCCGGSGGCCCCGGCACCGCCGCGCGCUCCGCCCGCCUCUCCUGGAGCGCACCGGGUCUCCGUCUGCGCCUGCGCACUCGCUGUGUGGAUCCCGAGUUCUGCUCGCAGCAGCGCAGUUUAUGCCGAAGCAGAACGGGAAUGCCUGCCUUUUCUGGACCAGGCCUGAUUUUAAAGUCCUUUUAGAAGAAGCUAUGAAGAUGGAACAGCACAGGGGGCUCCUGUUAUCGUUCCUGGCUGUACAGCUGCUGCUCAUGGGGGCCUUCCACCAAAGCCAUCACCUCCAUGACCUCACCUCCUUUCUGCGCCUCCUGAUACAAGACAGGUCAGAGGUCUCCCCUCCAGGAACCUCUCACCAGGAUGUCUACUCCAACCUCAGCCAGAUCCACCCUGUGGAUGUCAGUGAGGAUGAUCUGCCAAACUGCCCCAUCAUCUCACCCUACAUCAAUGGUCCUUUGAAAGUGAUGUUCCCAGAGAACCUGACAAUGGAGAAGGCAGUGGAAAAGAACCCAUUGGUGAGGCUGGGAGGUCAAUACAAACCACCAGACUGCUGGACUUGGCACCACACGGCAGUGGUGGUACCCUACUAUGGGCAAGCCCAGCACCUGAAGCAGCUUCUCUUCCACCUGCACCCCUUCCUGCAGCGCCAGCAACUGCAUUAUGCCAUUUAUGUAGUGAACCAGGUAAACAACACCGCCUUCAACCGGGGCAAGCUACGCAAUGUGGGGUUCCGGGAGGCCAUGCAGGAGGAGAACUGGGACUGUGUCUUCUUCCAUGAUGUGAACCUACUCCCAGAGGAUGACCGCAACAUCUAYACCUGUGACAUCUUCCCUGCUCAUGUGUCUGUGGCUAUCAACAAGUUCAACUACAAGCUGCCCUACCAAGGCUACCUUGGAGGGGUAUUUGCCCUGCGCCCCAUCCACUACCUGAGGAUAAACGGCUUCUCCAAUGUGUACUGGAACUGGGAUGAUGAGGACGACAACAUUGCUACCAGGGUAAAACUAAGUGGGAUGCUCCUGUCACGGCCCCACCUACUCUUUGGCCGCUACCACAUGCUAGAGGAGGGGCAGGACCACAGCCAGAAGCAGAGCGUCUGGAGACUUGGUCUUCGGGCCUGGAUCCACCAAAGGUGGAGACACGAUGGCAUCAACUCACUGGGCUACAGGCUGCUGUCCAAGGAGCGGCAUCCCCUCUAUACCAACCUCACUGUGGACAUCAACUUCCAAAACCCAGAAGCCCCAGUGCCAAACAGAGGUAUCUGGAGGCUGAGAGAGAGCUUCUGAGGCCAGGGUUUGGGCAUCCUUCCCACCCACCCCACCURAUUUUUAAUAAAGGAAUUCAUUUUA